GAGCGUGAGCUGGCACCUGAGGUCGAGGAGCAGAGACAGCUCGAGCGGCCGGACAAGGCGGAGCCGCGGAAGCACACGAUCAACGCGGACGUCGUAACGUUCAUCCAGACUGGGAGCAUCUCGGCCGCAAGCAAGGCCUUCAUCCCCGUCUACGAGUCCCUCGCAGACUCCUCGGCGGGCGAGGACCUCCUCCAGUUGCGCCGCCAUCGCCCCCGCACGCUGAAGCACAUGGUCAUCAUCAGCCCAUACAAGGUCCAGGGCCUCAUGGACACGGUCAAGCAGUCCCGCGUGGUCACGCUGCACCGGUACGCGCCGCUGCUGAACAAAGGGCUGCGCAGCCUGGACAGGCUCGAUCUGUACACUGGGCCGUCUUUGGCACCAGAGUCCUUGCUGCGGGAUAUGCCCGUGGAAGUGAUGCUUGAGCUGGACCUCUUCGCUGGGCAGCUGUACUUCAAGAUCUUUGCCGAGUUCGAGGCGCUCCGGGAGUAUCUCCUUGCUCCGAUGCCGCUGGCGUUGUCGCCCCCAGUGAGUCCAGCUGGUGACGAGGCUUGCGGGGGCAGUGGUAGCGACGGGGCGGCGCACGUAAUGGAUGAGAACCUGGUGGGCUUGCUUAAUAUCGUCAUGAUGACGAUGCGGCGCAAUUCUGAGACGAUUGACAAGACACACACGGGCAAGGCUCUGGAUAGCAGGCUCAUUGCAAAGGACGAAUUCAAGGAGUGA